UACAUCUCCCCUGAAGGCCAGGUUAGGGUUUUGGUUGGACUUUUGGCUUUUCAGGAUUCCAUCCCUCGCCGCGGUGGACGGAGCUUGCCAUCGAAGGGCGAAACGAAUUAACCAUCAAUCCAUCCGUCACAUACCGCCGAUCCCCACUCUAGCUUCCUGAUCGAGAGAGCAGACGAGAUGGAUGAGGUGUUGACCUACGCCGAUGUGGCAGUGUCGAACGCGUCGGUGGUGCACGGCUCCUCGCCGCCGAUGUCCUCUAAUCUCCCCCUCGUCUCCGCAGUCCUCGCCUUCUCGGUCGCUCAAUUCCUCAAGCUCUUCACCACCUGGUACAAGGAUAGAAGAUGGGAUUCCAGGAGGUUGCUUGGUUCAGGUGGAAUGCCUUCCUCGCAUUCAGCUACGGUGGUAGCUCUUGCGGUGGCUGUAGGUCUACAAGAAGGGAUAGACAGCACUACAUUCGCUCUUGCUGUAAUUUUAGCAUCCAUUGUAAUGUAUGAUGCAUCAGGAAUCAGAUUGCAUGCUGGUCGGCAAGCUGAGCUGCUGAAUCAAAUAGUAUGUGAGCUACCACCAGAGCAUCCGGUAUCCAACUACAGGCCUUUACAUGAGCUUCUUGGACACACUAAACUCCAGGUUUCUGCAGGGGCCCUGCUUGGUUGCAUAGUAGCCUACCUCCUGAGAAGCUCCGUUUAAGCUCGCUGGGUCCUUGAGGCUGAUUUGAAGGAACCGAAACAGAUCUUAAAACAUACAGAAAUAUUCUUCACUGCAUCCUUUGUUCAUAGAUUUUUGUACUUACAAUUUCAUUUAUAAUGCUUAUGAAUAUCUAUAUCUUUGUGUUCA